CAGUUACAAAUUCAUGAACAUAUUGACACCAAAUUUUCUAUUAUGAUUUUGGAUUCUCAUGGUUCUCUCACAUUGAACAAAGCCCCACUUUUCUCACACUCUCUCUCUCUCUCUUUCUCUCAAAGUGUCAGAGGGGUGUUAGAGAGGAACAUGAAGACAUCCAGUACGAUGUUUCAGGACAAGCAGUACCAUCAUAAUCAUAACAAAAGGGAGAGAUGGCUGACCAUAGGGAAGGGGGUCCCUUUUGUCUUGAUAUCUCUCUUAAUGGCAUCCGUUUUCAGUUUGUUCUUCCUCUAUGCUCCAAACCCCUUGACCCUCACACCCCAUCAUGGCCAUGACAUGUUUGAAAAACCCUCUCAAAAGCAACAACAACAACAAGAACAUGCUACCACAACAAAUGUUCCAUCAUCCAAACCACCAAAUGAACAGAAAACAUGUGACCUUUCUAAGGGUCAUUGGGUACCGGAUUUGGAAGGGUCAUCAUCCUAUUACACCAAUUCAAGCUGCACCACAAUCCCUGAAAGCAAAAACUGUUUCAAGCAUGGGAGAGAGGACAGUGAUUUUCUGAAAUGGAAAUGGAAGCCAGAGCAAUGUGAGCUUCCUAGGUUCGACCCCAAAACUUUCCUCCACAUGGUUCGUGGCAAGAAAAUGGCUUUCAUUGGUGACUCUGUGGCCAGGAACCAUUUUGAUUCCCUCAUCUGUCUCUUGUCACAGGAAGAGAGUCCAAAGGACCUUUACAAGGACUCAGAAGACAGGUUCCGGAAGUGGUAUUUUCCCAUGCACGACUUCACCCUGACGAUGCUGUGGAGCAGGUUCCUGAUAGUAGGCACAGAGAGAAUGGUAAAUGGCACAAACUUCAGCGUUUUCGACAUGCAGCUGGACAAGGUUGACGAAGAUUGGGCCACACAACUCCCCCACCUAGACUACGCCAUAAUCUCCGACGGCCACUGGUUCUUCCGAGUCAUGCACCUCUACCAAGCCCAGAGCCUCUUAGGCUGCGUCUACUGCGACCAGCAAAACCUCACACACUACAACCCCGACUUCACAAUAAGAGCAGCCUUCAGAACAGCCUUCAAGCACAUCAAUGCAUGCAAAGAAUGUGCCAAGGUGGUGACAGUGAUGAGGACUUUUGCACCAGCACACUUUGAGAAUGGUUUUUGGAACACUGGAGGGUACUGCAAUAGGACAGGUCCUGUGAGUGAGGGGGAGGUGGACUUUGGGAAGUUUGAUUGGGAAGUGAGGAAUGUGCAGAUGGAGGAGUUUGAGAAGGCAAGGAGAGAGGGCUUGGAGGGAGGGCUAGGGCAUAGGUUUGAGGUGGUGGAUGUGGCUAGGGCUAUGCUGAUGAGGCCUGAUGCGCACCCUGGGGAGCAUUGGGGGAACAAGUGGAUGAGGGGUUACAAUGAUUGCACUCACUGGUGCAUGCCUGGGCCUGUUGAUAUGUGGAGUGAGUUGCUGCUUGCUGUCAUCAAAAAGCAUCAUCAUGUUGGGGUUUCAACUUAGCUAGCUAGGAUCAAACUAAACAUCAUUUACAUAUAUACAUGAUUCAUUAGGGUCAUACUUAAUUUUAUGUGUAGUUAGAAACACAAAGGUAGCAGAGUAUACAUUCUUUUCCUUGGUACAUAAUAACAGUGUUGCCUUCAUUA